GGUUAUUUUAAUUUCAAAUAUUUGCUGUUUGAAUAUUGCGUUACAUUUUGUCGAAGACUUAUUUAUGUAUUUUAUAUAUGAUAUUUACAUAUUUCACAUAUAUUUCUCAUGUUUCAUUAAGAAGUUUACGUAUAAUGGCAAACAGUGUGUUAUUCCCUAGCUCGCAAGUAAAAGGUUUGAAAGUGUUGGAUAAGACACUUUUCAUCAAAACAGUUAAAGUUCCGUGUCUACAAGUAGACAAAAAUUCUGUUUCGAAGGCUGUUCUUACUCUCAAGAAAUAUUUUCUGAAACUAGAAAACUUCAAAGCUGUUCAAUCGAGUGAUUCAAAUGUAUCAAUUUAUUUGAAUCCAGAUUCAGUGAGAGAGUGGAAGAAUAUAUCAACAGAUGAUAUAAAUACGUUAUCCUCUAUAGGCAUAUCCGAUGAAAACCUUAUUUUAAAAGAUUUGACUCUAACAUAUGACAAUUAUUCACUUGAUACAAUAUUGAAGUCCAUUCUACCUGAUGACUCGGAUGGAUUUUCUAGUUUCACAAAAGUUGGUCAUAUUGUCCAUGUUAAUCUUAAGGAUCAUUUGCUUCCAUACAAGAAAUUGAUCGGUGAAGUACUCUUGGAGAAAGUGAAAAACUGUAAAACAGUUGUGAACAAAUUAGAUAUGAUCGAUAAUACCUAUAGAAAUUUCCACAUGGAAGUACUUUGCGGUGAAGAUAACAUGCAAACAUGUGUGAAGGAGAACAACUGUAUAUUUGAAUUUGAUUUCUCAACAGUGUAUUGGAAUUCGAGACUAUCGACUGAACAUGAACGAAUUGUGAAGAAACUUCAUAAUGGGGAUGUGUUCAUAGAUGUUUUUGCUGGUGUUGGGCCGUUUUCUGUUCCACUUGCUAAAAAAAAGUGUUAUGUAUAUGCCAAUGAUUUGAACCCAGAAUCCUACAAAUGGCUGAAUUAUAACAUAGAAAAGAAUAAAGUGGAUAAGAGACAUAUAAAAACAUUCAAUAAAGAUGGCAGGGACUUCAUAAAAACAGAUGUUAAAAGUGUGCUUAUAGAACAUUUGAAUCAACGUAAUAUUUUUAUUGCUAUGAAUUUACCAGCGUUGGCUGUUGAAUUUGUAGAUGGUUUUGUUGGUCUUUUGGCUGAAAAUAUAGUAGAAAUAUCUAAUAUUCCGAUUGUGUAUGUGUAUUGUUUUGCUAAAGGGUCAGAGACUAACACAGAUUAUUGCACUAUCGCCAAAAAUUCCCUUUUACAAAACAUUGAGAUAGAUGUGACAGAUAAAAUAGUGGAUAUGUUUGAAGUAAGGACUGUUAGUAAUUUCAAAAAAAUGAUCAGGAUAACGUUGAAAUUAGAUGGUGAUAUCCUCUUUGCCAGUCGCAGUAAUUCAAAGAGAAAAGUAGUACACGACGACAAUCUUCUGACGAAAAUACCGAAAUCAGACAAUGGGGAAGAAAAAGAACAAUAAAAAUGCCAAGACAGCUGCUGCCAAAAGCCAACCACCUAAAGUUAAAGGGCAAGGUAUGAAAGCUAAAGGCAAGCCAGCUCAAGUUAAAGGAAAGUUGAAAAAGGAUAUUGUGAAAAACAAAUCUAAAAUCGAAGAAAUCAACAAGCAAUUCAAAAGCAUGAAAAAUACAAAGAUUCAAGGCCCUCAUCAAAAAAAGAAAAUACAGGUCAAACAUUCUGAUUUGACUGCUGUUAAUCCGAAGGUGCCUAAUAAGGAAUAAAUUUGUAAAUAUUGGUCAUUCUUUGUGUAACUCGAUGUAAAUAUAUCAAAAUUAAAUUGGUUGCGUAAAA